AUGUGGUCUUGUGUUCACCACUCUUCCAUUAUCGGAAGAGAGCUGGUCACACGACCACUCGCUGAUUCCUCCGAUGUCGUCGUGUCGUGUGCAAAACUGGCUCAGGCAUUCGCCAAUUGCCGGCGCGGCGCGGGGUCUGGCAGAAGCCCAUGGCGAUUGCUGGCAAGAGUGGCGCAACUGGCGAAUGAUAAUGUGCUCAGAGUCUGGACUAUGCCUGACCCUUCCGAGUUGCGCCAGCAAUCGCCAUUCGCUGUCGCUGCGCCAAGUGGUGCGCGCCAAUCGCCGCGGCUGGCGCGGUUGGGCGCAGUUUUGCCUUUCCAACAACUCUACCGUGCCGCCCAUCCGCUAACCAACCCCCGACCACACAGCUGGCGCGUCACCGAAAUCAGCCAGAUCCUCCUCGUCCUCCUCGACGCGCGCUGCCCGCUCCUCCACUACCCGCCCGCGCUCGCCGCGCACCUCGCGACCGCGCCCAUCCGCACGAUCCUCGUCCUCACCAAGGUCGACAUCGCCGGCCCCGCGCGCGCCGACGCGUGGGCGCGCUUCCUCCACGCGCGCUUCCCCGGUGUGCGCGUCGUGCAGGCCGAGGCCUACGCGCACGGCGAGCCGGAGGACGCGGAGGCGGGCAAGGGCAAGGGCACGUCCGCGCCGCGCCUCCCACGCGCGUUCCGCGAGACCCUUGUGAGCGCGCUGCGCGACGCGCACGCCGAGCUGCUGCAGCCCCGGGGGGACGUCCAGGACGACCCGGAGAGGGAGUGGGAGUGGAACCCGCGCGUGCGCCGCGAAGUGGACUGGGAGCAGGUGCUCCACGUAACGGAUGCGCAGGCGGGUAGUGUCGUGAGCGGCGCUGCGGCUCCUCGCUCGCACCGGGAUGCCCCCGACGAAGAGGCGGGGACGGAAGGCAAGCGCGAGGAGAAUGACGAGGACCCUGAGUUCCUCACGAUCGGGCUCAUCGGCCAGCCUAACGUCGGAAAAUCAUCUCUACUGAAUGCGCUGUUCGGCACGCACAAGGUGAAGGCAUCAAAGACCCCGGGAAAGACAAAACACUUCCAAACGCUGUUCUGGACACCCGAGGUGCGCCUCGUCGACUGCCCCGGGCUCGUCAUGCCCAACUUUGUGCCCAGGUGCGUCCCUCGAUGACGGCCGGUGAGACCGCACGCGCCGCCGCUCAGAGCUGUUGCGUGUCCGUGCCCUGGUUGCGACGCAUUGAUCGUGAUUGUGCGUCUCCUCGCGCGGCCCGCGUAAUAUUGAUAUACCCCUCGGCCGAUCGCUUGGUUGUCGAGACUGAUGCUUGCCACGGUCUCGUGAGUGUGCGAGAAGAGACCGUGUAGAAUUGAGGAGAUAGGACAAGGCAAGGGGAAUAGAGAGUGGUGGGGAAUAGAGAGCAGCGGGGAGUAGAGAGCGGUGGGGAAUAGAGAGCGGUGGGGAGUGCAGAGUGGCAGGGAGUAGAUGACAGUGCGGUAGUCGAGUCGUACAAGGUAGGGCAACAAAUAUAUUUCAAGGCUUAUUGCUACCC